GAUCUCACACAGCGCCAAGCGGUAGAGCGGACAGCGAGUGUAUCUGUGAAUCGCUCCCAAGUGCACUCAGACCACACCAGACAAGACUCGGUAAACGGAGGGGACGCACGCAUCAGGAUCGAGACGCACGGAAAGGACUUUGGGAUCUGCGCCUCGCUGCAAAGCGCAUGACCGGCAGUGGGUGAAGGAUGCUGUCAAGCCACUCCGUAGUUGUGGAGUGCGGGUAGCGCGCGCCGUGCUGCUCCUCCGGCUUUAGGUCGCAUAAACAGACGCCCCGGUUCACCCGCGGCUGGGCUGGUCGUGUUUGUGGACUUUCCAUCACACUGGACUUUUGGCUACAUGCCUGCUUGGCCGUUUUUGAUGUUUUGAAGGACGUCGGUGGGCAGUAUUUAUUUAAAGAAAGAUUUUCUUCACUCAAAGCUUGGACUUUUUUUUUCUCCCCCAGCUUUAUUUCCAGCAUGGGACCUUAUUCAGAAAGUCAUUCUGGGACAUUUGACAUCAGAUUGGAAUAAUGAAUUAGCUGAGAGAAGCAGUUAUUGCCCGUUUGAUUGCUUCGAGUCCUCUGCGCUCACCCUUUAGUUUGUAAGCGAGCUGUAUUUGUGCCAUGUUCGCCCCGAAGAAAUGCGCGCAGAAAAACUUCGGAAUGUCAUAGGUCGCUCGUGUAGCAAGUUUACUAGACGGAUUUUCUAUUCGUUUGUUUAAUCAAAAAGACUAGUGUGCUGCACGCAUUCACACGGGAACAGGGACACAGUUUACGUGCGUAUUUGGACACAGUCUGUCCCUUCUCUGCGUCCUUGGAGAAGUUGGAUAAAUAUUCACAGCAAUGAGAACCUAUUUGGUGAGUUUUGACAUUUAAAUGAGAUAAAUUGUCAUAAUCAGUAGAUUCAAAAAAUAUCUGAAUAGUUCUUCUGUAUCUUUUUUUCUUUUACUUUUUUUUUUCCUUUUGGGGACAGACGGAAAAAUAGACAGUGUGCCGAUGUCUGGCAAACUGGCCGUCAUGUGGGAUUGAUUGCAGGGGAGUAUGUUUGGGCUGGAGCAGUUUGGUUCUCAAAUUAAUAGCAGAAACCCUGGCCAGUCAGAGAGAAACAUAAACCAACAGAGACUGAACAUGGGCUCCCAUUAUAAAGGCCCCGGUUUUCAUGCUGGAGGCCCGCCGGGAGCCGUGGAACCCGGCAUGGGCCCUCUGAGCGAGCCGCAAAUGCUCGGGCUCAAUAUGAACAUGAAUGGUGAGCAGUACGGUAGCUUUCACCCGCGGGGACACUCAGACAUGCAUGCAGGCAGUGGACUUCAGCAGCAGCAGGGGCAAGGACCAAUGCAUGGAUUUUUUAACAACCAGCAACCUCAUCAAGGACAUCCUCACGGCCAUCAACCCCACCCCCACCAACAUCACCCCCAUUUCAGUGGGAAUUUUGGAGGGCCAGAGCCAGGGUCAUCAUGCCUGCAUGGCGGCAGGCUGAUGGGCUACAACAACAAUAACGGCAUGGGACCACAGCAGGGCUUUGGAGAAGGAUUUGAUCCUCUUGCUGAGGGACAGACGGGGGAUGGCUUUCCCCAGCAGCAGCAACAGCAACCGCAGCAGCGGCCUGGUAACAUGCCUGACUUUCAGCAUCAUGGCCCUCCAAGUGGGAACCACGCUGUCCCUGCUCCCUGUCUCCCCCUGGACCAGUCACCUAAUAGAGCAGCAUCCUUUCAUGGUCUUCCUUCUUCCUCAUCCUCUUCAUCUGAGUCUCAUGGUUUGGAACCUCGGCGGCUGCCAAACCAAGGAGCCGUAGAGGGAUUAGAAUAUAACUUUCCAAGUGAACCUCCAUCUGGACAUUUUGAUGUACCUGUAUUUUCUCCUUCAGAAUCAGAAUCUCAGUUACCACAUUUUGGGCCAGGAAGACCAGUUCCCGGUGGGAAUUUCCCAGGGAACGCUGGCAUGCCACGGACACCAGGUAUGCAGGGCAUCUCUAAGGGACACCAGCCACCACCCCAGCCCCAGCAGCCUCAGCACGGAGUGUUUUUUGAACGUUUUGGAAAUGGCCGGAAAGUGCCCGUGGGAAUGGAGCCUGGGGUCAAUCCAAGACAUCCUCUCAUGCAGCAACAACAACAGGCUGGUUUGAUAGCCAGACAGAACUCAUGCCCCCCUGGCCUCCCUCGACCCCCUCAGGCUGAGCCCGGCACUACUAACCCUAACAUUCUGGAUGGAGGGGUCAUGAUGCCUGGCCAACACAACCAGUUUGAAUAUCCCAUUCACAGACUGGAAAACAGGGGCCUGCACCCCUACGGGGACCCCAUGUUUAAUAUGCAACAGCCAGCUCCUCCUCCCUCCCAACAGCCUGCAAAUCAGAGGCUCCAACACUUUGACUCUCCUUAUAUGAACAUGGCGAAAAGGCCUAGAUUUGACUUUCCUAAUGCACAUGGCGGCGAGGGCUGGUGUGGCGGUAUGGACAACCACCUCUCUCCAUCUGCCUACCCUGGCCUUCCUGGAGAGUUCACCCCACCCGUGAAUGAAGGUUUUGGACCAGGUCCGCUGCAGCAUCCAGGGCCCGAGCAGCAGUCUCUGCAGCAGCGCCAGAAUGCAGCUAUGAUGAUAAAGCAGAUGGCCUCUCGCAACCAACAGCAAAGAAUGAGGCAGCCGAGUCUACAGCAGUUGGGUCACCAUGGCGAUGUACCUCCAGGCCCAAUGGUUCACGGAGGCCCAGUCGGGAGCAUGCCUCAUCCUGGCUUUGACAGGGAGAAUAGUGGCAGGAUGCCCAACAUUGAUGGGCAAAAUCCUCAUGUAACUCAGGAGAACUCCUGGUUUCAGGGGUCCCACCCACCAGGAGAAAUGAUGUCACGGCGUAUGGGUGGAGCGGGUAAUGAAUCAGGGCCUCAUGACAUGGGGCUGCAGCAGAACGGCGCUGGGAUAAUGUUUAGGCCGGGCAUCGGCAUGCAGGAGCCCAUGAGAAUACCAGGAGAUGGACAUGUGCAGAACCUUCAUUCCCCAGGCAUGCACUCACAGUUCAGUGGCAACAUGGGCAACCUCACACAAAUGCAGUCUCCGGGAGCAGGAGCAGGACAUCCAAAUGCACCAGCAGAGAGACGGCCAGCUGACUUCCCUGCACCUUCAAUGGGAGCACAGCCAGCUUUUCCCUAUGGAGGGGCUAACCGUCAGGGGCCGGCUCACAGUGCUCCCCAGGGGGUGAGCACCUCACCUGGCAACUACCCUCCUCAGUCUGAGUUCCCCUCGGGCCAGCGGUCGUCUGUUAGUAAGCUUGGAAAUCUGUCCCUCGGGAACUUCAGCAAAACCAGCUCUAAAGACAGUGUUUUCGGCCAGAGCUGCCUAGCGGCCCUUUCCACAGCCUGCCAGAACAUGAUCGCUAGCCUAGGGGCCCCCAAUCUUAACGUAACAUUCAACAAGAAGAACCAAAACGAGGGCAAGCGAAAACUGAGUCAGACUGAGCAGGACAUUAAUAGCAGCACAUCUAAUGGGACUGGCAGUGCUGGUCCUGAAUAUUUUCAGAGCAGCACUUCCCAGAACAGCCAGAUGCCUGGCACUGGGAAUAGCAACUCUAAGCCUGCAAGUCAAAGCCAGACGGUGCAGGGGGAAGCCAGUGCCCUCUCCCCAAAUUACAACAUGGACGCUACCCCGUGCAGUGAGGGGAAGGCAACAACAGGGAGUGGGAGAGGGAGAGGGAGGAGAAAAAGAGACAGUGGACAUGUGAGCCCUGGAAUUUUUUUUUCCUCUGAUAAUAGUAACCCUGUUGUAAGUCCAGGCCAGCAGACCCCCUCGGCUGGCGUUGGGGAGAGGGGUGGGGGCACGCCCCAUGAGAAACAACUCCAAUCGCCCUCUUGGGGGAAAGGAGGUGACCUAAUGUUGGGGGACCAGGCUGACCUUAUGUCUUCUUUAGACAGUGGCAUUCAAAGUGUUGCCAAGUCUGACAGCAGCUCACCAAGAGUGGACUUUUCUGAAGAUGUCAGCACCCACUAUGGCAAUGAGGAUGAGGUGUCCUCCAGCUCAGAUGCAGGAGGAGCCUCAGCCAGCAAACCUAAUCGCAGCCCUAUAAUCAACGGCUCACCCAAAAUGCAGAGGAGUGACCACGGGUUGAUAAAUGGACAAAAGCCCCUUGGCAUGGGCAUUAACAAUCAUACUACCUCGACGCCAGACACCUAUGGACUGAAUGCUGGUGUGGGCACAGGGGCCAGUGGGGUCAGCCACCCGGGCACUCCUGGGGUGGAACAGGUACGCACCCCAUCCAGCACCUCUGGCCAGGAAGAAAUCCAUCCUCUGGAGAUUCUGCAGGCCCAAAUCCAGCUACAGCGCCAGCAAUUCAGUAUCUCUGAAGACCAGCCCUUGGCCAUGAAGACAGGCAAAAAGAAUGGCGACUGUCCCUCACAGAACGGAGACAAUGAGCUGGCGAGCUGCAGCCCGGAUGCUGGGAAGGGCUCAAUGGGCACUAUUGACCUUGACACCCUCAUGGCAGAGCAGCACGCCACCUGGUACGUGCCCAGUGACAAGGUUAUGAUGGACGGGUCAGAGGAUGACAAGGCCACGGGACCCUGGGAAAAAAAUAAGAGCCAGAACAGCAGUAAAGAAGAAUCUGAGCUCACCCAGAGUAAGCCUGGAGCCGGAGCCCCGGGGGCUGUAGGAGGUGGGAGCAGUGGAGGAAACCACCUGCAGUGCCUGUCUGUCCACUGCACAGAUGAGCUCGGGGACAGUAAAGGCCGAGGGGGGCCCGUCUCGUCGUGGCGCUCUCUCCACUCUGAUAUCUCAAACCGAUUUGGGACGUUUGUGGCGGCACUAACUUGAGGGGGGAAAAGAAGAGAAGAAGACGAUGACCCAGCAGGACGAAUUAAAGAAGAUCAGAAAAUAUCAAGAAAGAGAGAUUCAGAGACAUUUAACCAUGAUAAGGAUGCGACUAUGUUAAUUUGUGGAUGGAACGACUGUGUGCCGCUCUUGCCUGUUCAGGGAGAGAAAGACAUUUACACUCACAAGUGGAACACAAAUACAGCUACACACACGCACACGUGCACGCACGCACACACACACAUGCUCACAGACACUCGAACACCAUGUUUUGUUUUCUGAUACAUGCAGUCACACUUAAGAAAACUGCUGGACAAUAACAGCACGGGGCUCUACUCAACGAUGCCCACAUCUGGAAAACCUCAAAUCAUUUAUUUUUCUUUUCUUUUCUUGGUUGAAGAAAAAUAAGAAAUGUUAAAGGAGGAGAACGCAAAAACGAGAAGCAUAAGAAGAGAGGUAAAGUUGUCAUUGGCUUUGAUUGUAUACCAGUGUUUAGUCUUAUGACUUAUAUUACUGCCUGUUCUUAAACUUAGCUAAGAUUGCCUUUGUAAUGUGUAUGGCAACUUCGGCAUAUGUCAGUCAAAACUCUCCCCCCCCCCAAAUAAUAAAAUAAAAUCCUGGCCUUUGACUCCUGUAUUACAGUUAAAUAUGGCCCAGUGGUUCAGAAACACCCCAAAUACUAAAAAGGAGAACGAGAGGAAGGCAGGAUAAGGAGGGAUUACGCUUGAAUGUAACUCAGCAAUUUUCCUUGUGAACACAAAGUUGUUCCUCUUUGUCGACGCAAAAUUUAACCUUUAUCGUUUGCUGCUCUAAAUCAUAAGGUUUGUUGUAGCUCUCUAUCAUUUGUGUUUCUGAGAAUGUCUUUCCCUCAUUCUAUUCUAUUCUAUUCUAUUCUAUUCUAUUCUAUUCUAUACUUUUUUCUGCUUUUCUCUUCUGUAGAUCUUGUGAGCUCAACCACUUGUAUACAACUCAGCCAAUGAAAACUAAAAAAAAGGGAAAAAAAAAUGGAGGUCAAGGGAUUGAUAAAUAAGGGAAUUGAAAAAAAGAUUAUUGGUAUUGCACAUGUAUAAUAAGAGAAAAUUUGCUGUGUGUUAGGCAAUCUUGUAAUCUUUAAAUAAAGCUUCUGUUGAAUUUGAAUUUCUCAAAACAAUAGAUGGAGGACUGUGACGGCAAUUUAAAAACUGAUUUUUUUUGUUUUCUUUUUUUAAUAAUAUGUAAAGUGCAGUCGUCUGUUUUCCUGCAUAUUGUAUAUAUCUGUAUAUGUUUUAUUGAGUAACUGAAUAACAAUAAAUAUGACGUUAAAGGUG